UUUGAUGAAGAAGACAGAAAAGUUAACAUACAAGAGAAACAAGACGCUGCUUUUGCUCAGCAGUUGGCCUCUCAGUCUCAUGAACUGUCAGAAAGUGAAGAUGAAGUGACCGAUGAAGAUUGUGUCGUUAUUGACAAUGAUGGAAGCAGAUUGCAUAACACUGAGAUGCGAGUGGAUAAAUCUGAAGAUGUAGCAGAAUUACAUAAAGUUCAUCAGUUUUCUUCAUCUGAUGAAGAUGAAGCAAAUGAAGCAGAUGGCAAGGAAAAAGAGGAUACCCCAGUUAGAAACUCUAAACCACAAGUUGGUCCCCCCUUGUCUAGUGGUAGCAGCGAUGAUGGUGGAAUUGGCGGGGAUAAGAAAAUAGAAGCUUCCCAGUCGAGCUCGUCUACAACUGAUACAGAGAACACUUCAAAGAAUCAAAAUUCUGCUAAGAAGAAACCAGUAUGCAAGUUUGGUGCAGCAUGCUAUCGCAAGAACCCGUGGCAUUUAGAAGAAUUUUAUCAUCCUCAUUUAGAAGAUAAUCCGGCUAACACAAAUUCAGAUUUCGGAGGAUCGAGCGACUUUCAGUCUCCUGCCAAACGACAAAAGACAUCCUCGAAUGAAGUGGCAGGACAGGAUGCUAAUAUCAAGAAAAGACCUUUUCCAGUUCGUCUUUCGGCCAGCGCACCGUUCAAUCUAUUUUUAAACAAGACGUAUUCUGUUAAAAGCACACAUGAUGAUCCGCUGGCAUUAGUUUUUCCUGACCUUCUCAAUCCAGAGUUGGGGAAAAUUGUAGAAUCUGCUCAGCUGAACUUCAUGGUUGACCUGAACUUUCUGAUGAAGAAUUAUCGGUCUUGCAAAGUGGAUAAAAAGCCACUGCUGGUCAUGUAUGGGCAGAUGGAGGGAGAUCCAAAAGAAUACGAAAGAGUAACAUGCACAAAGGUUAAUUUGCCCUUUCAAUAUGGGACACACCAUACGAAAAUGAUGCUGCUUCAGUAUACCAAUGGACUUAGGGUAGUUAUUCACACUGCCAACCUAGUUCCUGAUGACUGGGAGGAGAAAACUCAAGGAUUUUGGGUAUCACCUCUAUUUCCAGAGUUAGGUGAUGACAAGUCCAGCCUUCUAGAUGGUGAAUCACCAACUCGUUUUAAACGAGACCUAGUAGAAUAUAUAUUAUCCUAUAAAGCUCCCGAUCUCACCCGGUGGUCUCAUAUCCUGAAAAAAUAUGACUUCAGUAGCUGUAACAUGGUAUUUGUAGGUAGCACACCAGGGUAUCACAUGGGCGAACAAAAGGAUAAGUGGGGACACAUGAAAGUCAGAAGAAUGAUACGCCAACAUGCAGCUUCCUGGAAAAGUUCUUUACCUAUUAUUGCUCAGUGUUCAUCAAUUGGCAGUUUAGGCAAAGAUGUGAAGUCAUGGUUGAGUAGUGAACUUGGUAUGAGCCUAACAGGUGCACCUGGCGUGUGUACUAACCCACCAAUGAUGAAAGUUGUAUAUCCAAGUGAGUCAGACAUACAAAACAGCAGUCAGGGAUGGACGGGGGGCUCCUGCCUUCCUUAUAACUCAGCAACUCAUGCAAAACAAGUAUGGAUGCAGCAACAUUUUCACUUAUGGCGAAGUGAGAAAAGAAGGCGAACCCGUUGUAUGCCACACAUUAAAACGUACACAAGAUUAAAUAAAGAUAAUACUACAGCUCAGUUUCUACUUCUUACAUCUGCAAACUUAUCCAAAGCAGCUUGGGGAACAUUGCAGAAACAAAACUCCCAGCUAUUUAUACGCUCUUAUGAAGCUGGAGUUCUUGCACUUCCAAAGUUUGUUACAGAUACUGAAGAGUUUGAGCUGAAGUCCCCAUGGAAAGAAUUGGGGUUCUCCUUGCCUUAUGAUGUACCUCUAACACCAUACCCCAGCAGUGCAAAACCUUGGUUCAUGGACACCAAGAAAUCAGCCCCAGAUGUGUUUGGUAACACAUAUCCUUAAUAUAAUUUUCCUGUGAUACUGAGAAGCUGCAGUACAAAAUUGUAACUGUAAGAAUUACCAUCUUUUACUUAUUUUAAAUAUGGUAAUGAUGGUAUCUAUAAAUGUAGAUGUAAUUUUAAAAAGGAAAACUGGGCUAGCAGUUUGGAAAUAAGCCGUUCCUGCUAAGGCAGUAUGUAUUCUGUUCUGGAAUUUGUAAGAUUGUGAUGUACAGUCUCCCAAGGCAAAUCUGUAAAGAAGAGUGCCCUUACCAUUGUUAAUGUAAGACAAAUUACAGUAGGCUUCAGUAAACUAAAGGAUUUUUAUGUUUAGAACUUAUAAAUAUUUUAUGUGUGAAGCAGAGUACAUUUUUAUUUUAUUUCUCUUGGUGUUAUUCUUAAAAGUAUACCAGACAUUUUGUAUUUUUAGUCAUUAUUUGAUAAAAAUUCAAGUUCAGAUGCUACAGCAUUUAGACCAGUAUGUACUAGUAUUAAAGUCUGUUACUUGGUGGAAGAAAUAUUUUUAGCAACAGAGAAGUUGGUUACUGUUUUAAAAUUUUAGGAAAUAUUUAGAUUUUAUUUGCAUUGCAGUGAUUAUUGAUGAUGUGUGAGUGGUAGUAAACAAAGAAUUAGGAAUUAGAAUAUUUUGUUUAUAGUUAUUACCUGUUAAAGUCACCAUUCAUUUUUCUGUUUCUUUCUGUGGAUAAACAAUAUUGUUAAGAAUAUGAGAAUAAUAAAUUAAAGGGGUCAACUCGAUACAUAUGAGGACAAAUGUGCGGUUAUUGUGAUAUCACGUUGAAGAAUUGCAAACUAAGACUUGGCAUAGCUUUUUAAAUAAGAUAUUUUGAAACUAGACUAUAGCUGAGUAUUAAGAAUUAAUUGUUGAUGCUUAGGUUUGUAAAGAAAGCAGUUUUAAUUGCAUUAUGAAGAUCACAGCAUUUGCAAGGUGCCUGUAGAUGCACAGAGGUGUUAAUGAAUGUCUUUGCUCCUGUGAAGAUGUUUAAGAACAAAUAUACUCUAUUGAAUGUUAAAGUUAACCUGAAAUAAAUUUUUAAGGAUUUGAAAAAUGUUUAGUACUAUUUUUACUAUACUUUACUACAGAUAACAUUUGUGAACUAAAGAUGUGGUUUCAUUAACAUUAGUACAGUAUACUCUCAUGGUUGGGUCAUUCUGCCGAUGGGUAAUUUUCCCUUUGCAGCCGUUUCUUAAAAGAUUGUUGAUAAGUAAAAUGAAAUUAAAAUAUUGUGGUAAAGUGUUUUUGUAUUAGCACUUCACAUGAUUGUAAAUAAUUUUUUUAGUAAAUGACUAAUCUACUUUCAGUAAAUUACUGCACUUUACACCUGGUUCAGAUUUGGAUAAGUCUGACAAAAACCUCUAAUGGCUUCUGCAAAGCAACUGCCAAGUAGGUAAUACAUUUUGUGAGUUCAUGUUGUAUCCCCACUCACUAGUUACUGCAACUAAUUCUUUAGGCUGAAAAAUGCAUAUACUAUAUAGUAGAGAUUCAUGUAAAGUAAUACAGGUAUACAUAAAAUUGUUUCAGCAUGAUUUAAAAUUUCUACUGUAGCUUCUGACAUUCCGUGUAAAACAUAAGAGGUAACAGUACAUUGUGCAAUAAGCAUGGUAUGGAGAUACUCAACUCAGUGACGAGAACAUUAAGCCACCUCCUUCAGUUACCAGAUCACUAAGCCAUUUCCUAAAGAGUUCAGACUAGAACUAAAUAUGUUAUGAGUUGUCAAGUAAGUACUGAACAUUUAAGAUCUGAUUUUGAAAUACGUAUACUUGUAACUAUGCACUACCUGUAACUGUAUUAAAAUCAUUCAAGUA